CGCGCUUCGCCUUUCCCGAGCAGACGAGUGAAGCUUCUCCUCUGCGAGAGCCACGUUUUUUCUGUCGCCUCUUGCGGGGGGAAAAAAACAAGCGGAGCUGCAGUCGUCCCGCACAUCGGAAUUAGACCAUCAGAAAUCAAACCAAGGACCUCAUCUGCUAUUAUUAAUAGUAUUAUUAUUUUUUUAAUCAUUAUUAUCACCCCUCCACCCCCCCCCGUCUGCUGGACGUCUCUUUCAAAUAUAACCUCCCAGGAUAAGAAGUUAUUUACGGCAGCAGCACCACCGGAGAUCUCUGCAGAUGGGUUCGGUCCCGGCUAUAUCUGCCCUUAUUUUGGGCGUCGUGGUCCCAGCGUUGGCCGGCUAUAUUGAGGCACUGGCAGCCAAUGCAGGCACGGGGUUUGCUGUGGCAGAGCCACAGGUGGCCAUGUUCUGCGGGAAUCUAAACAUGCAUGUCAACAUCCAAACCGGCCGCUGGGAGCCCGACCCCUCCGGAACCAAGAGCUGUGUAGGAACCAAAGAGGGCAUCUUGCAGUACUGCCAGGAGAUGUAUCCCGAGCUGCAGAUCACAAACAUGGUGGAAGCCAAUCAGCCAAUCAGGAUUGAGAACUGGUGCAAGAAGGACAAGAAGGUGUGCAAAGGGCAUGCCCACAUUGUGGUGCCUUAUAAAUGCUUAGUGGGCGAGUUUGUCAGCGACGUGCUCCUGGUGCCAGAAGGCUGCAAGUUCUUCCACAAGGAGCGCAUGGACAUGUGUGUCAGCCACCAGCAGUGGCACGGCGUGGCCAAGGAGGCCUGUGCCAAGAGCUCCAUGGUGCUGUACAGCUACGGCAUGCUGCUGCCGUGCGGCAUCGACAAGUUCCGCGGCACCGAGUACGUCUGCUGCCCCGCCUCCCGCACCGGGGACGCCGCGCCGCCGCCGCCCAGCCUGCCCUGGCCCUCUCAGGAGGAGGACGAGGGAUGUGACGAGGAGGAGGAGGAUGAGGAGAUAGACGAGAUGGACCUGGACGACGAGGAGACCGCGGAGGACAGCGAGACAGUGGCAGAUGACCAGCCCACCCAGAAGGAGGAAACCGCAGAGGAGGAUGUAGGUGAGGACGAGGAGGAUGAGGAUGAGGAAGAGUACCACUACGUGUAUGAGGAUGAAGAGGCGGACAGGGAUGAUGAGGAGGAGGAGGAGAAGCGAGAGAACAGCAGCAGGAUGUCGGACAGCCGAGAUGAGGACAAGACCCUGCAGGAGGUGAAAGCGGUGUGCACCCUGGAGGCCGAGACCGGCUCCUGCCGCGCCUCCAUGCCCCGCUGGCACUUCGACAUGAGCCAGAAGAAGUGUGUGCGCUUCAUAUACGGGGGCUGCGGCGGCAAUCGCAACAAUUUCGACUCUGAGGAGUACUGCAUGGCCGUGUGCAAGCGCCUGACUGAGCCCACCACCCCGCCGCCCACCGAUGACGUGGACAUCUACUUCGAGACCCCAGCCGAUGACAAGGAGCACAGUCGCUUCCAGAGGGCCAAGGAGCAGCUGGAGAACAGGCACCGCAACCGCAUGGAGAAGGUGAGGAAGGAGUGGGAGGAGGCUGAGCGCCAGGCUAAGAACCUGCCCAAGGCUGAGAGGCAGACUCUUAUCCAGCACUUUGAGGCCAUGGUGGAGUCCCUGGAGGAGGAGGCAGCCAGUGAGAAACAGCAGCUUGUGGAGACUCACCUGGCCCGGGUGGAGGCCAUGCUCAAUGACCGGCGCCGCCUGGCCCUGGAGAAUUACCUGGCCGCCCUGCAGGCCGACCCCCCCAAGCCUCACCGCAUCCUGCAGGCCUUGAGGAGGUAUGUCCGCGCUGAGAACAAGGACCGCCAGCACACCAUCCGCCAUUACCAGCACGUCCUGGCCGUGGACCCCGAGAAGGCUGCUCAGAUGAAGUCCCAGGUGAUGACCCACCUGCGUGUGAUCGAGGAGAGAAUGAACCAGAGCCUGUCCCUGCUCUACAAAGUCCCCUAUGUGGCCGAGGAGAUCCAGGAUGAAAUUGACGAACUCCUCCAGGAGCAGAAGGCCGACAUGGACCAGUUCCUGUCCUCCAUCUCUGAAUCCCAGCCGGACGUUACCGUGCCGUCGGAGGAGAGCAUGGAGGUCCCCGCCUCCGAGAGCAAACCCUACCGCCCCAUCCAGGUCACCUCUCUGGGGUCCCAUCCAGAGCCCGAGGUCGGGCAGAACGGCACACGUAUGACUGAAGGAGGGGUGUAUUCGGUGCUGGAGACCAAUCCGAAGUAUGCCAUGGAGCCGUGGAUUUAG